CUAGAACAGAGCGUGCCAUGGGGCUCUUACUCACCCGGAUUCAGAGUGCGUUGCAGAGUUUCUACGGGAUGGAGGCUCGUAUUCUCUUGCUUGGCCUUGAUGCAGCUGGCAAAACAACCCUCCUCUAUAAGCUGAAGUUAAAUGAAACUCCAAUGACCAUUCCUACUGUCGGUUUCAACGUGGAAACAAUACAGCCCAUCAACAACGUCUCUUUCACCAUGUGGGACGUGGGUGGUCAAGACCGGAUCAGAGCCCUAUGGAGUUAUUACCAUGCCAACACAGAUGGGCUGGUUUUCAUGGUGGACAGUGUGGACUGUGUUCGCUUUGAGGAGGCCAGGCUUGAGUUGGAGGCCCUGCUGGAAUCCCCGGACUUGCAAGGGGUGCCUUUGGUGUUACUGGCCAACAAGCAAGACUUGCCUGGAGCAUGGCCUCCCAUGGAGGUGGCAGAAAAAAUGGGACUGAGGAACUUGCAAGGGCACCGGUGGCAUGUGCAAGGCUGCUGUGCUGUGAGUGGAGAGGGGAUCCCUGAGGCGAUGGUGAAGCUGUCUGAGAUGGUCAAGGUGUGUCGUAAAGCCCGCGGUACAUAGUCUGGGAGGCAUAUAAAGAUCUUUUUCUUGCAUGGAGGACACAAGAUGUGAUGCUUAUCGGUUUCUUCUUCUGGCUCAGGUGCUCUUGCCAAGGUUUUUAAUCUAUCUAAGUUCUAUAUGGGACUCUCUCCUGCUGAUCAACAGCUGUCAUGGGACUUGGGAAAAGAUGCACAUGCUAGUGUUGUAACAGGGCAUACAGCUCUGCCAGACUCCCCACAAUCGGAAGAUGUCAUCAUUAGCAAGAAUUCAGAACUAAACUGAGGACUCUUGGACAUCAAAGCCUGAAUUAUCAAGACUCACAACCACCAUCUCUGAACCCUUGGCAACUAGAGCCCAUUGUUAUCUUUAAAAGUAGUAAUUUCAUUAUUUCCUCCACUGUAUCACUGGUCAUUCCAACAGGGUAGUAGAAAGGCCCAUUUCUUGCUUCAUGUCUAAUCUAUAGCAGAAUUAAUUAAUAAGAAAGAGACUCUUUAUUAAAACCCCUUUGUAUCUCUAUUUUAUUCAGUGUUUGGGUUAAAUGUAUUGUUAUGGAUUAUCCAUUUUCCCCAGCAGCUGGGCAAAACUACCCAAUUUUACUGCACAAUCCUGUUCACAUCUACUCAGAAGUAUUUCCCACUGAACUCAAUAGGACAUAAACUGAUAUACGAUUUCAGCCUUACUUUCCUUCCAAUGAGGGAGCAAUCCUAUGCAGGUCUACUCAGAAACAAGUAAGUAAUAAAUAAUCCCAUAUCCACCCCCUAUUCCAGAAUAUAUUUUUUGGGGUUCUACUCCAUUGCAGCUAAAAGAGUAUUGGGUGUUUGUGCGUCAGUGAAUUAGGAUUAGAAAAAAUGUUUUCUCUCUGAUCCUGAUAUUUCCUGCAGGACUCUUUUAGCGUCAAAACAGUCAUGAUACCUUAAAUGUAUUUUUAUU